UUGCAAUAUGCACCGUGUGCCACGUUGCACGUCAGUCGGUAGUCACCCGAUCAGAAACGCAUCGUCAGCAAGUUUAGGUUAUAAAAUAGGCAGCGCCACGCGGCUCGACCUCUUUCUCGCGCCAUAGUUACUAGUGUUCACAACUUUAGAAUAUAAAGGUGGUUAGUGAUUGUAUUAAGUGUAGUUUUUUAAAAACUCAAACGACAGUCCGAAACUCCUGACUGGCGCAGCCGGUAGGAUCUGGAAUCACCGAGGUGUUGAAAAGGAGACCCAGCAACAGAGAUCCCGGAGAUAGAGCCACGUCAACCAUCCGUUGGAAAACCAGCACAGGGACGACGCACGACCCCCGGAGGACGACAGCUACGGUCCGCCCCGCAUCCAGCCUACAAGUCAACGAGCUCCAUGCUCAAAUUAAUCACACUAUGCCUUUGGACGACGACGAUUUACUCAAGAAUACUUAUACAUGACUUAGACAGAAACCCCGUCGCCAUCAUUACUUUAGGACCAGCACGAAUUAGUUACAAUCACUUUAGAAUCGUUCAUCGUAUAGAUCUCGAUCAGAUAAAAGAUACAAUAGAUUCACUAAUCUUCCAUACUAGAGUUGUAACGUUAGAGAAGUCAGAAGAUUUUCUCAUCCCCCUUAUUCAAAUGAGGAUUACUAAAUUAGGAAAAACAUAUAGGAAAUUGACACCAUCAACUAGGGUAAAGCGAUGGGAUCAACUAGGACAACUUUGGAAAUAUAUUUCGGGAAGCCCAGAUUCAGAGGACCUUAGAAUCAUUAAUUCCACCAACAAUAAAUUAAUAGAUCAAAAUGAAAACAGAUUAGAAUCAAUCACAUGUUUGAAGAUAGGCUUAAUAAUCUAACGGAAACAUUAAAACAAUUUACAUCAAGAUUAAAUAUUUUAUCAUCAGAAAACAAAAGAGAGUUCGAGUCAGUAGGCUUGCUUUUCAGUCUAGAUGAGUUUACCCAGCAGCUAGAAAAUUUAGAAGAAGCUAUAGUUUUGGCACAACACGGCAUCCCCAGCAGUAAAAUCAUCACCGUUGAAGAAAUGACGAAAAUACAGCACCUCUUGGAAGCAAACGGUCUCUUAGUAGGAGCUUUAGACUUCGCCAGCGCUUAUGUCGUGUCUUCAAAGGAAGCAAUCGCCUAUAUCUUGAAAAUUCCCAGAAUCAAGGAGGCGGAAUACAACCUCAAUUACAUCGAACCAGUAAUUUCCAACAAUUCCCGUAUCCACAUAUCAACUAACCUUUACCUACAAGGACAAACUUCAUUCUCCAUCAAAUCACCAUGCAUGAUGAACAGAAAUCUCUAUAUCUGCUCAAGCUCACAGAUAGAACCGGUGACAAGAUGCAUUCAAAAACUAAUGGGAGGAGAAUCAGCAGAAUGUCCCACAGAACGAACGUAUACAAACAACAUCAUCAAAAGAAUCGAUGAUUCAAAUAUAGUUAUUAAUGAUGCGGAAGUCACCCUGACCUCGAACUGCACAUUGAAAAGAAAAUUAAAAGGAUCAUUUCUGGUACAGUUUUCGAAUUGUACUCUUUUUAUCAACAACGAGAUGUAUUCCAACAUCGAUAAGGAAAUUCGUUUGGGUUCAUUCCUACCAACAACUGGAUUGAAGGUAAAUUCGACAGCGGUAAUCAAUAGAAUCCCUAUAGAAUAUUUACAGACUCUACAUUUGGAACAACGAGAACAUAUAGACCAUAUCAAUCUGAGGACAGACAGCAUCCACUGGAAGCUUAAGCUAUUCGGAUGGUCAACGCUUGGAUUCGGUUCCCUAAUAUUCUUCAUCUUUAUUGGCACCGCCGUACUUUGGAUCAAGAAAGUAACGGCAUUCAGAUCAUCACCACUUAGCCGAGGAGCCGGAAAUCAACAGACACCAGAAGACGUGACAGGACUCCGCGAGGACGAAUACCCGAAAAUAACCAUGGUUCCUCAGGAGUAGCGAAGGACGAAGAAAGCCGAGGACGACUUUCCACCAAGGGGGAGGCCGUUAGGAAAAUUGCAAUAUGCACCGUGUGCCACGUUGCACGUCAGUCGGUAGUCACCCGAUCAGAAACGCAUCGUCAGCAAGUUUAGGUUAUAAAAUAGGCAGCGCCACGCGGCUCGACCUCUUUCUCGCGCCAUAGUUACUAGUGUUCACAACUUUAGAAUAUAAAGGUGG